CUAACCGUCACUGACAUGCUCAGUGACAUUAAUACAGUGAUCAUUGCUAAUAAAAAGCACUGACACUGUACUAAUGGCACUGAGCAGGAAGGGGUUAACAUCUGGGGCGAUCAAAGGGUUAACGGUGUGCUGUUUUACUGUGGAAACAUACUGCUUUGUAUUGCUCUGCUGUGCAGAGCAAUACAAAGCAGCAUGUCGGUGCUGACAGAGGAGAGAUCUGUGUUGUUUACACACAGACCUUUCCCCUUCCACUGUUCCACCGGGAGCCGAUGUUCGACAGCUGUAGCCGCCAAUUGCGGUGUGGGUAGGGUGGCGUGUGCACGCCCCCUACCCAGAAAUGCAAAA